AUGUUGUUUGACGUGGUCCUCAAGAAGAUGCCGAAAUUGGUAUUCUUGUCUCCUGUCUUCCGCAGUAAACUCUCAUGUUAUGUGGAGUGUCACCUCGCACUGGUCCAGGCCCCUGGCUGCUGCCAGCUAUUUAUAGAAUUGCUGAGCAAACAUCACCAAAAACAGGACCUCAUUGUGCGUCUUCUUUUUACCCUGGGGAACCUCACCUCCAAAAGCCAUGAUGUUCGGGAGCUGCUCUUCCAGUGCGAAAACUGUGUAGACACCCUGCUACAGCUGUACAACCACUACCAGCAAAGACGCAUACCACACACACUUACACAGAGAGGUCCACAGUCGGCAAGCAAGUCUCCGACCUGUCAGGUUACUCUGCGGGAGGAUGAGGACGUGUUGGUGAAGCUGGUCAGGGUGCUGGCAAACAUGUGCAUCCAUCCUGCUGUUGGCCCAGCACUGGCCACUAAUGCAGCCUGCGUUCACCUGCUGAUGGAAACACUCGAGCUGAGGUCCGUGCAGGAGAGCGAGGAGCUGCUGGUGAAUGUGGCCUCAACCAUCAACAACAUGGCCUUCUACCAGGAAGAAAGAUCUGCAAUCCAACGCAAUCGGCUCACCAUCGCCAAGUUGAUGCUGAAGUUGGUGCUGAGCUCGGUGUGGACGCCAUUCUCGUGGCUACUCGUGUUUAUGGAAACUUGA